GACGUAAGCCUCGCAUCGCAAAACGUCGCAUCCUACCCAUCCAUCCCCGCGGUCCCGUUGCGUUUCCUCGCAACCGUCGAUACCGCCCGUAUCCCUCUAUACCUUGCUGCCGGCCCGAGUUUAGACGUUUGGACAACAAGCGAGGCAACAGAAGCAUGGUUUCAAUCUAUAUUGUUGGGCAAAGGAUCAACUGCGACGGACGCGACUGGGAAUGGUCCGCCACGCGAAUGGUGGGCUUUCGCCCGGGCUCAGUCUCCCAUUGGCGCACUCGUCAAGGUCGAGGAAGAGAACGCGAACGCCAAUGGACCCAAGGUGACCGAGAUACUGUUCUACGCGACGAUUGCUGUGCCCGCUCAAGCGGGGCUGCCGACACCGCCGUCUUCCUCGCCCGACCUGCCACAUGUACGAUCAGAAAGCCUUCCUGAGCUUCGGGUACACGCGCUACCACUUUCGUUCGAUCUCCUCUAUAAGAGCAGUCUAUCGCAUAUCUCCCCUCUUCCGCCUGCUCUCAGCGCUGCUGAACCAUCCAUUGACGUUGAACCGCAAUUCCUCCCGCCGCUGCAUACCACCGACCAUCGGCCUGCCUCCCCGAAGCGCAAGCGAGAUAUAUUUGAUGAAGCUACACUGGCGCGGAAGAAGGCGAGAGGGAAGGGCGGGGAAGGUGUAGCCGCUGCGGCUGCGAAAGCACACGAGAGUCAGCGUCCGUUCCCACAUCGGAAGUCCUUGUCUAUCGACACAAAGGCCGCCCCAUUUCCAGAUUCGAGACCCAACUCGGCGAACGGAGUACUUACACGGCCACCCCCCCGGCAGCUAUCCAGAUCGCCAAGUAUAUCCUCCGAUAUCCGACCUCUCAGCAGGAAGGGAACCGUGGACGGCCACGCGAAGCGUUCGGCUCUUUCCCAAGUAGCUACCGUGCCACUACAACCCGAGAAGCCUACAGUCGAGACGCGGAACAAAGAAGCACUAUCAAGGGUGGUCAUGGCGGCCAUGCGCAUGCAUGGUCUGCAACAACGGAAGAAGAACAAGUCUCGGAGGGGUUCGGUUGCUCCUGGUGGAGACGCGGCCGAUCAGUUGAGCGAGGAGGCUGCCGCUGACGAAUUGGCGAAGGAUGACGAAUAUAAGUUGAUAUACUACCAGACGUACAAAGGGGCUGCUCUUGCAUUGAGAAAGCAUAUAGCAACGAAACCUCUCCAUACUCAGCCCGACCGACUUCGAGAUGUCGUGGAGAGAUUACUUGCCAUCUUUUGCACCGAUCCGCUUACUAUACCUUUAUCCACCGAGGAGUCGUCUGACCCAUUGGCCACUCCAAGCAGCAAACAAAGGCUUACUCUCCCCGGCUCCUCACACAGCCAUGCCAGCCCGUUCGAUUUGCCUAGCGGCGCCAGGGUAAACGCAGUCAAGGUUGCAGGAGGAGGUUCUGUGCAUACAGGGUCUCCCAUCAGCAAAACCAAGGCGAGAGAGCGGCAAACCGAUCCAAACGGCAAGAUAUCGGCUGUAUUACCUGGUGUUUGAAGGCUAUAAACAGGAAGGAAUACGGUCCUCGGUCCAACAGACUGUGUUCCCAUGCCCAAGGUUGUUCGUAAUCUUGCACAGGAAAAAUCGAAAUCCCAACGAUUUGGCAAGCGUCCCAAUUCAGAGCAAUCAUGCCUGCCCCAACAAGCGUUCUCGAGCCUUGGAUUAUGGAUAAUCGAGAUGCCAUCGCAUGUAUGAGUCACCGGAUGACCCAUGGUGCAACGGCGAAGUCGGUGUCUACCCACGCAGCUGAGAGCGGUACUUCAGUCACGAUUGUGAAGUUGUCGACAUAGCGUUGCGAUGACGAAGCUUUCAUUAGCAACGAGCACACCAAGCAGGUAGUCCAGCGAACGAAAUCUGCAAUUG